AAAGACAAUGAAAUGGAAAUGAGAUAAAAGUAGAGUGAAAAUUUUACAGUAGAAUUUCGAGCUUAACUCUAUUUAAUAGGUUUGAAUUCAAAUUUUAAUAUUUGUAAUUUUUUUUUAUUUUCAUGUUAUGGCCUCCUUUAUACCAAAAAAAUUUUACAAAACUGUUUCCCCUUCUUAUCCAAAAUUCUUGAUUUAUGAGCAUGGCUAUAAUUAACUUUAUACUUCAUAUCUUCAUUUUGAGUGAAGUAGUGAACCUCCUUCAACACAGUUAGGAAAUACUGCUUGAUAAGGAAGAAAAAUUCAUAUAUACAACUUUCCUUUCCAAAAGCUUACAAAAAUCCAACCACUACGUUAUCAUCCAUUUUCACUCUCUUCCACUCAAUCAGAUUUCCAAACAGCCACCUCACAAAUUUUCUUUAAAAAAGCUACUUCUGGUUCUAGUAAGGCACACAACUCCUUGAAUAUCUUCAGUCACUAGCAACUAGCAAACAGCAGCUAUGGCUUCCAAGAAAAUCAGUGCCCUCCUUUUAGUUUUCUUCCUUCUUUUCCACUCAACAUUCACUAGCGCUUGUAAUUCAUGCAAACCCAAACCCCCUCCUCCUCCUAAAGCUGCAUGUCCUCCACCAGAACAGCCUGCUUCUUGCCCUAAGGACACAUUGAAGCUAGGUGUCUGUGCUGACCUGCUUGGACUUGUCAACAUAGUGGUGGGAACACCUCUUUCAAGCAAAUGCUGCGCUUUGAUCUCUGGCUUGGCUGAUUUGGAGGCUGCCCUUUGCCUUUGCACUGCCAUCAAAGCCAAUGUACUUGGAAUCAACCUCAACAUCCCUGUUACUCUUAGCUUACUCCUUAGUGCAUGUCAGAAGGAGCUUCCUUCAGGCUUCAAAUGUGAAUAAUUAUAAGAAGCGUAAUAUCGACCAGUUCUUGGCUGAGUUCGUUCUUAGUUUAAUUUGUCCUAUAUAAUUUUAUUAUGGUGUUCCAAAUCAAUGUGCUUUGUUUUGUCGCUCUUAGUGCGUUUUCAAUAGUUGGAAUAUGGUUUGUUUUUCUAUGAUUUGCAUUACAUUUUUAGGAUGUCUUAAAAAGACUCCGACAUCUGUAAUAUUUGUUUUAGUGAAAUAACUAGGCAUGUGGAUGUGGGUUCAUUUACCUCAGCCUAAUGUAAUGUUUGAUUAAUGUUGUCAAUGUUCAGUUGAUUUUGCAAUAAAUUAUGUUGCUUAUUCAAUUUUGUGCACAACAGAAGCAAAAUUUUAUUUCUGGAAGAAACAGUUUGGAAAAGAGAUAUCCACACCGUCAAUUUAACAUGUAAAAUCAAAGAAAACAAAGAUCUUCUUCCUCAAGCUAAAAAAAAAAUGCUUCUGGCAUGCUUUUUACGGUUUGGUAACAAAG